AUGAGUAUAGAAACAACUAUUAGUAGUAAUAAUAAUCAUAGCAACAGUAAUAACAAUAGUAUUAAUUUUCAAGAAAAGAAAUUUGAUUCACCAACCGACACAACAACAUCGACAUCAUCAACAACAACAACAACUACAACAAAUAUGAUCGAUAAAAUUGAACAGCCAGUCAGCUUAGAGAGUGAUAUGGCUUUAAAGUUUAAUAGUAUGAACACUGCCAUCGAUAUUAUGAAUCCGGCCAAGUAUCGGUCACCGAUAAUGGACAGCACAGGUUCACCUAUCAAUUUUUCAUCAUCUUCACAAUCGAUCGCAAAUACAUCGUCGUCGUCGUUGUCGUCGGUGAUCUCUUCGACAUCGUCGUUCUCACUGAGCGAUUCGCUCAACUCGAGCUUGAGCAUGAGCGAGUCCGACAAGAAGACACGACGUUUUUCACUGUACGUCUACCAACAGCCGACCGACGAGCAACGCCAACAGAUAUCGGAGCUCUACGGAUACAAAGGACACAACGACGACAUGGGCUACGCCUAUGCACACGACUCUAACAUCCUCGCAGAGGACAAUGGUUCCUCGUCCGACAGUUACUCCAGCUACAGACCGACAACUCGUUCACGCUCAACUUCGCGUGGACAUUCACCCCUCUUUGCAAAUAAAGACAAAUCAUUAUCACCAACAACUACAACAACAACAACAACCAACAACAACAAUCAACAACAAUCUUCACCUUUAUCACAUGAAACAACAUUGGAUCCACCAACCAAACAACAAUCAAAUAAAGAUGAACAACAAUCACUCAUAAAAGGAGAUAUAGAUAUUAAUAAUACAAAGACAAAGACGAUGGAAAAUGGAAGUAAUGCAGUAAAUAUAAAGAUACCGAAAACACAACAACAAGAGUUACAAAAUAUUACUGCUGCUUAUUCAUCACCACAACAACAACAACAAUCAGCACCAUUAUUAGCAUAUCCUCAUACAAUUGUACCAUAUACAUUACCACCAGCUUCCAAUGUAAUUAGCGAGUUAAAGACAUUGGAGCCACCCGAUCCCAAUCAACUGCCACAAUCCUAUUUGUCCACAGUAAAGUCAGCGUAUGCUUCGCAGGACAGACCUGUCGGUGGUUAUUCCAGCGAGGAGUACAACGAAAAGGAAUCGAUUCUUAGGCCAAUCGCAAAGCCUUUAUCCACAGCCAAAGACUGGAAUGCCGAGUUCCAAACACUGGUAAACAACAACCGUAUGGAAGGUUAUCGUGAGAUCUCAAAGUUGGCACACGACUUUGUAUACACUGCCAAGAUCUACGGUAAAGUAAUCAUUUCCGAGCUAACACUACCACUUCACCUUAAAACCAUCAAACCGAUUAACAUUGGUGGUGUUGCCGGUGGACACAAAUAUAUUGCAUUGGGUAUUUUAUUUAAACUUGCAUUAGAUUCACAAGGACUCUAUGUUGGAGAUCAAAACGCUAUGAAAGCAGCAGGACAUGAAUUGAAAGGUUUGAUGAGUUAUUACAAUGCUAGAGUGGAGGGAUUACACCAUCCACUGAUGGCAUUGAUCGAUUAUCGUGGUUAUCGUUUGGUUGCCAUGUCACUGCUGCCCAUCACCGGUGAGACAAUCGUCUAUGGUAGUAGCGAUGGUGGUAUCACUGUACAUAGUGACAAUGAACUGUUCAAUCAAAAGAUGAAAAAGUCUGCAUCGAUUUUGAAUAUCAAAGGACAUGUCGUCGGUCGUGACACUCCCAAGCUACUGCAUUCCUGUGGUGAUAUCGAAGGUCACAUUGGUUCCGACGGUAACUUUUACCUGUUGGAUUUCGCACGUGUAUUCCCACCCAUCGUUAAAAUCAAUGACAAUGGUCCACCUAGUCAUCUUUAUGAAUUAAUAAGACCAGAGUUGGUAAAAUCCAAUCAUAAGCCUUUGUCAUCUGAUGCUCUUACUGGUUGGGGAAAGUUUGAUACCAACGCGGUCGAACAUAACUAUGAAGUAAAAGAGGCUUCCUAUCGAUUGUUCUUACAGGUUAUGCCAAGGUUUAUCAAGUAUUUGGAUAGUUUGGAGGUUUGCGAGAAGAGAGAGUUGCAUUUCACUCAGGAGUUGCAUCGUGUCGGUAUAAAUUGUAGAUAUUUCGGUUUGAUUAGAAGAGAGCUCAGAUGUUCGUCGUUGAGAAAGCUGCUGCUUGCAGAAAUCUUGGCACGUACGAUGAAGUCAGAGAUUAUGGCUUUGUUCAGAGGCAAGAUGAAGACUGCCGACACACCAUCGGAAGAGCCAUUCAAAGAGGUGGUAGUCCAGUACUUGAACACCAUUUUCAAGUAUGAGAACACUACCAAAGGAAAGAUAUGGCCAGCCAGUCUGAAAGCAUCGAUCACCAGAAAAUUCAUGGGUACCUUCCAGAUCGUUCCAUUGAAUCGUGAAGUCAUCACAUUUGAAUCGAUUCAAAACAAAAAGUUUGACGAGGAAGCAUUGAAGCGUUAUAUCCGCGCCAGCGAAUUGGAGGAAGAGGAGAUGUUUGCUGACGACGUCGAUGUCCAAGCAGUGAUGAAGCGUUUCAAUCAGUUGACUGGUGUCGGUUUGACAAAGCGUGCAAUGAAAGAGUUGCUCAAGAAGGACGGUAUCAUUCGUUUGGUGCAAUCCGAUGUCAAGAGAAUGAAAGCCAAGGUCAAGGCUCAUCAUUUGGUUGAGUUUGCCGAGGGUAUGGUUCUCUGGGACGAGGCCAAGAAAGAGCGAAAGAUGAAUCUCGACCCACAAACACCAGCCGGUGGUUUGCCAGGUUCCGAACCAGAGAGCAGCGAUCGUAUUGCCGAACGUCUCAUGGUGCUUGCCGACGACCAUUUCCGAUCUGCACUUUCUGUCUCGCCACAUUCCGGUGAGGUCUCUGCCAACUGGGCAUUGAUGUUGGUGGAGCGUGCCAGAAUGAACAGAAUCAGCAAUCCAAUGGAGGCGUACUUCCACUAUCACGCAGCUGAAGAGAAGUUGAGAACGAGCGUGUGUGAUGGUGGCAAGCCAAAGAUCACUCUCGACAAUGUCCUGCUAGAGUAUGCCGAGUUCCUUUGUAUUUGGGGAACUCACAGUCAUUUGGAGCUUGACAUGAACGAGGCAAAUGGUUUGCGUGGCAAACUGUUUUCUCGUGCCAACCGUAAGAUCUACGAGGCAAUCGAAAUCAACCCAUCGAAAUUCACAGUUGUCUUGCAAAAGGCCAAGUUUUUGGAAAAAGGAUUCCACGACUCUAUCAGUUUCAAAGAGGCUGCCGCUUACUAUGCCGGUGCAUCUACUAUUCUCAAUUGCUUGAUUCAAAGUUUUGAGAAACUUCCUGCCUCUCAUUACCGUGAGAUUGCCGAGGCAAUCACACAGAAUCUCUCACCCUACGAGUUGAUGAUGAAGGAGAAAGAAGUUGCUGAGGCGCCAGACUUGAUCCACCGUUCUCUCGAUGACACUGUCGGACACAAGUCGUCGAUCUCCAAGAGAAAAGACGAAGAAGAGAUUCAAAAGAUCCUAGAAUCCGAUCCAUUUGCAAUCAUCCGUAUCGAAAUGGGAUGUGUGUAUAUUCGUUAUGCUUAUAUCUCACAUGUCUAUGGUAUUAUGUGCUCAAAGCGUAACCAUACCAAGAUGGCCAGCAUCAAACUCCUCAAGAAAUCGGGAUCUCUCUUCCAGAAGGGUAUCGACUUGGAUCCAUAUAACCGUGAUGUUCUUGUCGACCAUAUCAAGAAGUUCACACAAUCCAGUCAAUUCGUAGAGUUCUACCAAACCGCUAUUGGAUGUCCAUCGAUUCUCGACUUUGUCGAAGACAGAUUGCUGCGAAUUGCACACAUGUCACUCAAGAACUGCUCUCAUUUGCCAAUCGAGUUUAUCGAGGGUAUCAUUGAGUACUCGCCAAAAGUCAGGAUGUUGGUCCUCGAUGGUUGCACUCAGAUCACCGAUUCAACAAUCGAGUUGAUCGUCAGAAAGCUGCCACACCUCGAAACUCUCAGUCUCAGUGGUUGUGUCAAGGUAACAACUAUCAUUCCAAACUCAAUGUUGAAAGAGUGCCUAAGCGAGCGUGCAAGCACACCAUCACUGAUCGGUCAUCAACACCAUAGCUAUGGAUCACUCAACGAUAUUAUCCACCACCCCGAGAAGGAGAAGAAAUGUAUAUUCGAUCGUCACCGUAGUUCUACUUCCAAUCCUAUUCAAUCGAAUGUCCUAAUGAGUUCGUUGAACAAUAUUCUGAUGGCAUCGGCUAUCUCACCACAAGCUUCAAUUCCAUUGAAACCAUUGACAUUCCUUCAGAAUAUCAACCUCAACAAGUGUAGAGCCGUCACCGACGAUAAGAUCAUUGCCAUUGCCAAUAUGCAACUCCCACUUGUUAAUGUUUACCUCAAGAAAUGUAACAUCACAGACAAUGCUAUUAUCCAUUUGACUCAGAGCUGUCCAAAGAUAGCAGCACUGCAACUCUCGGGAUGCAAGAACCUUGGCGAUGCCAGUAUCAAUGCAAUUGCCACCAAUUGUCUUGGACUUCGUGAACUGAGAAUGAAGCGUUGCCCGUUGGUUACAUCAAACUCUAUCGAUAAGAUGUUUAGAUUGCUUCACAAUAUCCACAUCGUGACACUUGCCGAAUCACCAAUGGCCGUCAGUGAUAAUACUUUGCGUCUCAUGGGCAAAUACUGUACAGAAAUCCAAUGUGUCAAUGUUUCGCACAAUAGCAUUAUCACCGAUGUCGGUCUUAUCAAUCUCGUUAAGUUCACCAACACCAUUCAAGAGUUGAAUAUUUCACAGUGCGUCAAUAUCACUGACAUUGGUAUUCAACACAUUGCCCAAGCAUGUGGUAAACUCCGUAUCCUCAGAAUGUCUGGAUUGAACAACGUCACUUCACUCAAGCCAAUCGGAAAGAGCUGUGCCGAUCUUGUCGAGCUCGACAUCUCAGAGUGCCACAAGAUUUCGUCGGAUCUCGGAUAUAUCACCAAGGGUUGCCCCAAGUUAACAAGCUUCAAGCUACGUCGUUGCUACGGUCUUCAAGAUGUCUCUCUGCUCAGCGAAGACGGUGAGAUUCACGCCAUGUCCAAACUAUCGGUGCUCGAUUGGAGCUAUGGAAACAUCGAAUUCCAAACAAUCCAUUCGAUUACCCACUCUUGUAAAUCUUUGACCUCACUCAACAUCUCUUAUUGCAAGAGUCUCACUGACACCUCGAUUGAGAGAAUUGCAUCAUCACUGUCAAACUUGAAGAAGCUAAAGAUGGAUUCCGUUGUAAAUAUCACUGACGAUGGUAUCAAGGCUUUGUCUGAAGCACCGAUUGCAUCGUCUAUCGAAGAUCUAUCGCUUGUUGGUUGUAGAAAGAUCAGUGAUGUCUCUGCACAAUACAUUCUACGUUUCCACAACCUAAAGAAGCUUUCGUUGGGUGGUUGCUUAAUGACAACCGCAGGUGUCGAAUCAAUUGCAGCAGAAUCAUUUGAAUUGGUCAAGAUCAGCAUACGUAAUUGUCUAAACAUUAACCCGGCAGCUAUCAAAGAGAAGCAUCCACAUAUGAACAUCGACACAACUCAAAAGGAUAAUGCAUUUUUCUCUGAAUAA